UUAUGUCGGCGUGACUUAAAACGAACAGUGAUUGUUGAAUAAGAUAUGAAAUCUAUCUAUAUAAAAGGUGUUGGCAGCAUUUCAAAACGAUAACAUGUACCUAUUAUAUGAAAACAUACACUAAAUUUAAUAUUUAAUAUGACAGAAAUAUAACAGGGACGGGAAUAAGAUCGUUUUGACUGGAAUAUAUUGACUCUCGGCUUCUUUGGAGAGAAAGAUAUCUUCCAACAAAGAUGAUCGAAGAAAUCAACAUUAACACUGAAGUAAGCAAACUUUUGUCUAGUGCGUUGGCAAGGGCGAGAAUUGUUAGAAAUAAUCUACAGUUGAUGAAAUCUUAUGCAAAUAUAACGGAGUACCUGGCGGCAACACUGCAUGACAAUCAUUUCAUAGAAACAGGCAGCUGUACGGAAACAUCUGAAAUACCCGGAAGUGAUGUUGACCAUAUGCAAAUAUUUACAGACACGUGUGCUGCUGAUAAUCCGAACCAAGUCAUGAUUAAAAAGUGUCACGUUUUGAAAAUGGACACAGACGAUUCGCGUCAUGGUUUCUCAAAACUAAGACUAAACCACUUAUUUGACAAGAAAGACUUGACUAGACAAAUUCUAGAAGAAUCCCUUGUUGGUGGCGAGGAUAAUUCGGAAUACAUUUCAAGCAAUAGAUUCUCUGCAUUUUUCCUGAAGUUGAUGUCCGGAACAAAUAAGUUCUCACCUUUUGCGCAUUCGACUACCUCCAUCUUUCGACAUGGACCAUGUUCAACUAUUGAAUUUGACCACGCUAACCAGUCAGAUAUUGCAGUUGGGAUUGAGUGUGCCAACUGGCCAAGAGAAGCAGAAGAAUGGUGUAAUCGACCUAGGUUUCACGAAUGGCCCUCAGAGAAUACAGUAUCUUCUUUAAGACAGCUUCCGUGUUACCUUCUGCCGGUAGGGGAUGAGUAUUCCUCAGACUGUGCACUUGAAUGGAGGUUUGCAUUUGUUCCAACAGAAAGAGAAUUAAUAUGGGAAUUCAAUGACACACAAAUCCAGUGCUAUGUGAUACUUAAACUGCUAAGAAAACAAUUUCUGGAGCCGAUUGCCCCUGACCAGUUGAGUUCUUUCUUUCUGAAAACUAUUAUGUUCUGGGAGAUUGAAAAUAAAGGUCCCGACAAUUGGACCUCAGAAAAUCUCAUUCAUUGCAUAGUUUCAUGCUUGCAAAGUCUCAGGAAAUGUGUAAUGGCAAAGACAUUGCCUCAUUAUAUUUUCAGAAAGAGAAAUUUACUGUUCACUAAAUUCAGAGACCGAGAGAUACAAACCGCAGUGGUAAAUAAGUUAGAAGACAUCGAGAACAACACAGUUCCGUAUGUACUUCAGGCUGCAACGAGUUUUGCCCCGUUGGAUGAUCUUGGCAAAAUCUGGAGUAACUGCAAUGGCAGCUUGUCACAUUUUAUUCAUACUACAAAGGAACAAAUACCAGAUGUUCCUGAAGUUUGCGAGAAGAUGGGUAUAUUAUCAAGAUUUUUGAAGGCAAAUGAAAUUUUCAUGUUCAUUGUUUAUUUUCCAGCAACACAUGAAAAAUUAAUGGAUGCAGGAUUAUAUAUAAAAGAAUAUGAAAGUGACUUUGACAGCACGCUACGAAAGCAUGCGUUGAGCUGCUUGAAGAUAGAGUUUGGGAAGCGUAUUAUACCAGAAAUAUUCAAACCGGACACGCUUUUGCCAAAAGAAGAUCUUAUACCGACUACCUACAGUUUGUUUUCGGAUGCAAAAAUAGGUUCAACCACUGGAUUUCUCCACCUUGCCACACUUCAUUACCUCCUGCGGGAGUACACUAAAGCUUUGACGAUAAUCCGCUCAAUCAUAUCAAAGAAGGAAAGCUUGUUCUUUAUUGGAUCUUCGGCUGAAAAAAAAUAUUUUAAACAACAGACUCAUCCCGAUUGCAUAGACGUAUUUCCGUCGUCGGAAGAUAUGUUAGCUCAUGAUAUUUGCUUUACGUCGGAAGAUGUACUUUGGGCACCGCCUGGUGUAGAGAUGGAAUGUGCUUUACUCAGUAAACGCCAUAACUGGAACUUUUGUGUUUUUCACCCAGUGGUAUAUUCGUAUUACCUAUUAUUUCUUAUUUGUCUCAAAAGAAAACAUGUCAAAGAGUGUAAGCAAUGUUUACAGGAAUUUUCUGACUUUCUACGUUUUGACGGCGGUAAAAUUGACCGCCAUAGGUCAUUGAAUUUGUUGGGAGUUUGCUACUAUAAACUAGGUUAUCAUGAUAAAGCUAUAAGUUGCUUCGAACGAUCGCUAGAGAUAGUAAGUCCAGUCGGAAAUGCGGCAUCUUACCACAUAUGCAUUUUAAUAACAGAGUUGUUGAAUGAACAGACAUGUCAAAGGGCAAAGGACAAAAUUAUUUAUACACGCACUUCUGGACCAAAAUGAGAUAUAAGUGUGAAAAUUAUUGAACGUAUUGGAUGGAAAGAAAAUGAGUUUGUGUUUGCAUUUCACGUAUGUCCCAAAUCAUUUUUAUCGGAACAUUUAUAUCAAAAAAAAGAGAUAAACAUGAACGCUUAACUCUUGUAACUUUAACUGCUUGUUACAAAUAUAGAUCUUUUUGUUGUUAUAAUGACAUUACAUCAAUGCUAAGCAGAAGUCCUUUUUUCAUAAAAAAGUAGAAAUCAAACAAAGCCAUGUCUGGAUAAACGGGCCUGAUUUAUUUGUAAGAAUUGAAUCCGGGUAUGAGUUUAUAAAAAGACACAAGACAUUGAACUGCCGGUAGUCAAGAGGUCUUUUUUCAAAUGUGAGAUGUAAAUAAUACACGCUAAGUUAACGAUGACAACAAGUCAAUCUACAUGUAGCGACUAAAAAGAAUGCUUCCACGUUUUAUCUAUUGUUUUAUUUACGUAUUAGAAACGAAACAUUAUAUUAUAGCAAAGUCGGUUAUAUGCUGGAAGAAUGAAUUUAACCUGGCUACACACUUGGGGAGGUACAUGCAUAACCUCAUCCUGUUAAAACCAGUUAAAACACGUUUUUAUUGCAUAUAACCUAGCACAUGAGCACACAUUGUAUUUCGUAAAAAUGUAAAAUGUGUCUCAGGCCUAGAUACUUCCCUAAAAAUAUAUGUUGGUACUCUACCAUGUAAGAUUGAAAAUAAAUUUUUAUAUUUUACAUGUA